AUGAACAACAACAAUCAGUUCUCACGGUUCAAUCUCUUCUUUCGUCUUACCUUCAUCAUUCUCCUUCAUCCUUUAUUUCUGCCAGUGCCGUUACUUCAGGGCGACUUCCGGUGUACUCCUUUGGGUUCUUGCAGACUGCAGCUGCAAGAAUUCAAAGGUACUACCCUACAGUCGCCCUUCAAACAUAGUUUCUCAAGGAUUUUGGAGACUUUGGAUGGCGCAGUGACAGCCACUCCUCCCUUUGAGCGCCCUCCUGGCAGUUCCCUAACAGCCACUCCUCUUUUUGAGCGCCCUCCAGUUCCCAACGAUUAUACUUACGAAUUUCGGGACUUUGGAUGGCAGUUAGAGCCACUCCUCCCUUUGAGCGCCCUCCAGUUCCCAACUUCCCAACGACUUUGGAUGGCGCAGUUAGAGCCACUCCUCCCUUUGAGCGCCUUCCAGUUCCUUAAACUAUUCUGCUUAUUGGAACUGGGGGUUGCGCAGUGCAUGCCACUUCGCAGUGCAUGCCACUUGUUAGUGGCUCCUGCUUAUUGGGACUGGGGCUCAGCGCAGUGCAUGCCACUUUGCAUGCCACUUGUUAGUGGCUCCUGCUUAUUGGGACUGGGGCUCAGCGCAGUGCAUGCCACUUGUCAGUGGCUCCUGCUUCUUGGAAUUGGCGGUAUCGCAGUGCAUGCCACUUCCUGCUCCAACUUUUUAAUGGUGACUGCUGAACCUGCCGGUACUUUUGUGUGGCAAGUGCUCUCUAGUUAA